AUGUCGCCGCCGCAGUGGACAUGCACCCCGAAAGUGUUCCCUACCUCGGGACUCGAAUUGCUUGACCAGUCCAUCGAGCUUGAGGAAGAGACACUGUCGGAUUAUCAACCGGAGAAUUAUUAUCCCGUCAACCAGGGCGAAGUAUUCAAUGGUCGGUAUCAAACAAUUGCCAAAAUAGGAUACGGAGUAACCUCUACAGUUUGGCUUGCGAAAGACUUGAUUGCAUCAACAUAUGUUGCUCUAAAGGUUUACGUAACAGGCCAAAACCGGGCCUGCGAGCGAGAGCUGCACAUCUACGAGCACAUGAACCUGGUGGAAACAAACCAUCCUGGCAGAAACUUCGUUCGCAAACUUAUCGACCAUUUCUAUAUACAGGGUCCUCAUGGUCCUCAUAUCUGUUUUGUUCACGAGCCUCUCGGAACGAGUACAGAUAUUCUAGUGAAGAUGUUCCCCGGGCACAAAAUGAGCCUUGAUGAGAUGAAGCCCGGUAUCCGACAGCUACUUGUCGCAUUAGACUUCUUGCACUCGGAGUGCCAUAUCAUCCAUACUGAUAUUCAGCUGAAGAACUUACUACUUCCCGGACCAGAGACAAGCGUUCUUACCCGAUUCGAGGAAGCUGAAGUUGCAGACCCAUCACCCAGAAAAAUGCUCAAAGACCGAACAAUCUACAAGAGCUUAGGUUUCUUUCCAAAAGGUGGGCUGCCGAUCCUCGCUGAUUUUGGGGAAGCUCGAUUGGGCGACGAAGAACAUAGUGAUGAUAUCAUGCCAAACGCUUAUAGAGCUCCUGAAGUGAUGUUGAGAUCGAACUGGGGUUAUAAGGUGGAUAUAUGGAAUGUGGCCAUGGUCGCCUGGGACAUUGUUAGCCCUCGCACCCUUAUCAGUGGCAAAAAUCCAGAUGGCGUCUUUGAUGACCGAGUUCAUAUGGCGGAACUGGUUGCCUUGCUAGGCCCUCCGCCACCUGAAUUCCGGGAACAGAGACACCUCAGUUCGGUCUACUGGGAUGAGUCAGGCAAUUGGAAGGAACUAGUCCCAAUUCCAGACAUCACUUUUGAGAGGCUUGCUGAGAAGGUUGAAGGGAAAGACAAAGAAGGGUUCUUGCGGUGGAUUCGGAUGGCCUUGCAGUGGAACCCCGAGGACCGGGCGACGGCUUUGGAACUCUUAUACGACGAGUGGCUGAUGGAGGGGCUGUGA